GAGAGGAAUGUGUUCUGACUCCCAGUGUCCCAGAUAAGGGAAAAAGGCAGGAAUGGAGGAAUGGAGGAGAACAAGAACACGGAGAAGUGCAAGGCCUACACGGAAGUAGAUAUCAAGCAACACUCAGCCUCGCCGUAUAAUUCUAGAUGACCUCCUUUCGAUUCAUGGGACUUUAGUCAUUUGACUGAUAGUGAAAUGGAGACCGUGGUCAUUGUGGCUAUUGGUGUCCUGGCCACUAUAUUUUUGGCUUCCUUUGUGGCUCUGGUUGUGGUUUGCAGGCAGAGAUACUGCAGAACAAAGAAUCUAUUAACACAUUACAAUAACAAACCAACAGUGGAUUUAAUUGGAGCCAUGGAAACACAGUCAGAACCCUCUGAUCUAGAGCUGGAUGAUGUUGUCAUCACAAACCCUCACAUAGAAGCCAUCUUGGAAGACGAGGACUGGAUUGAGGAUGCCUCAGGUCUGGUGUCCCACUGCAUUGCCAUUCUCAAGAUAUGCCAUACUCUGACAGAGAAGCUGGUCGCUAUGACCAUGGGAUCUGGCGCCAAGAUGAAAUCCUCCUCGAGUCUUAGUGACAUCAUUGUUGUUGCAAAAAGAAUCAGCCCAAGAGUUGAUGAUGUGGUGCGUUCCAUGUAUCCUCCACUGGACCCCAAGCUGCUUGAUGCAAGAACCACUGCCCUCCUACUGUCUGUCAGUCAUCUUGUGCUGGUCACCAAAAAUGCCUGUCACCUGACUGGUGGGAUGGACUGGAUUGACCAAUCACUUUCCGCCGCCGAGGAUCACCUGGCGGUCCUUAGAGAAGCCGCACUGGCAACUGAACCUGAAAGGCCAAUGUCGGGAGCCGACAAUUUUCUGCAGGAGCAAUCUACUAUCUGACCAAUAGUCUGAAGCCAUUCAGUGAUUGUUAGGCGGUACCUACCCUUGGGCAGCCAGUGUCCUGCAGCCUCUCUUUCAUUUCAUUGGCUUUUAACAUAUUGAAAUACUGAAAGUGUUCCAGUCAAUGGAUUCUCAGUGUAAUCCCAGUUCCGCUGACCUCAUGAAGAACUUGGUGAUGACUCCUUCUGUACAACUAAAAUAUUUUCCUUAAUGUGUGUUUUAGUACUGGCUGAGGUACGCCAUGGAUGCGGGAUAGUCCAACCAUCUUCUUGCUAUUUAUUAACUCCUAACUGUUUCCUACAUAAACUAGCACAGCUUAGUUAUUAAUAUGAAGCAUACAAUGUAAUUAAAUACACAUUACACAACUGCCCACCCUUUUGUGUUACCCAUCUUGCACCCACAGUGUUUGGGUGACUACCUACAAGCAGCUCCCCAUACAACCAUAUCCUCAUAUCCACAUACUUAAAUGUCCCUCCAGUGCAACAAUUCAACAAAUGUGGUGAAGAAUAAUUGACACUUUAUAAAACAUUCCAAGAAAGAUGCCCAAACCCAAUCAAACUAUAGAGAAUCAUAGCAUGACCUUGGAUUUUAGUGGGCACACACGUGGGCCAAAUGUUCCUUGCCAUUGCCACCAGUAAGGAGAAGGCUUGGUGCUUUUAUGCAUUCCUAUUGUUUAAGACCAAGAGAGGCUGUACCAGUAAAACCAGCUUGUUCUGACUGUAUACCCAUUGCUGCUCAUAGGCCGGUUCUGCUGAAUGACCCGGGGGGCUUAUAUGCCUACACACAGCAACCCACCCUGUAGCCCCCAACAUUUCUAUUCAGUGCUUCCCGUUCAUACAUUUUUUUAACUUCAUCUACUGAUUUUUGGAUUCAGAAUGUUUUUGAUUCUCCUUUUCUUUCUAUAAUCCGUCUUCUACAGAUGAAAUUCCCUAAGCCCCCUAGGCCUAAGAACCCAUGUUAUUAGUCUUCUAGAAUAGUUUCCACAUGAGCUACAUGUGAUUAACCUCUACUGUUCUACCAUUUAAUGUCUAUAUUUCCCAUUAUGCCAAUACAUUGGUACCAAUUCAGGCAGGACAGGGGAAUUACCUCUAUAAUGGGCAAGCUGGUACAUUUGUGGGUGUAACUAGGGUAGAAUGGGGGUGUGGCCUACGACAUCACUGUUGAAAUGCUGGGCCGUAUUAUACACUACUGAGCACUGUAAUGUAAUUAGCAGGUACUUUAUAAUUGACCUCACAUUGUUUACCAGGGCUGUACCAUAUAUUAGCAUGCAUAGUUAUAUAUUUCCUCUCCAAUGUUUGUAUAGUAAUAACUUCCUUUAUUGCUUAAAGAAAUAUGGCAGUGUUGGCCGUGCAGUAAAACGUCCACUGGCCAAAGAAGGAAAUAAACGUUUUUUUUUUACUAAUAAAA